GUGGCCCGAUGCACCCAUCCUCCGCAGCUAAAAGCGAAAGUAAAAACAAGCUUCCUGUGUCGGAUGAUCAUGGAAGGAACAGCAUAACGAAUGUUUAAGAAAUGGAUAAUUCAACCACUCAGACCAGGGGCAGUACUGUGGACCACAGAGAGCAGCAGCCUGCUGAUCUGAGAUCAGUGACUUGCCAUUCUGUCACAGCUCGGUCUGGAGACAAUGCUGUAGCACCACAGUUAAUUGGGUGUUCUGGAAACAUUAAUUUCAGUGUUAACAUCCAACCUCAUAAUACUGGACUGCAAGGAAGCAGCGGAUCGGCAACUCCGGAAAAUUCAGAAAAGCACUUCAUUGACCUCCACCGCACAGCCCUGAUCGAGAGAGUCAGCAACGUGACCGCCAUCCUUGACCGACUCCUGGACCGCAGGGUCGUCACCCAAAGGGGGUAUAACGAGAUUCAGUCAGAAAGCACCAGUCAGAAUAAGAUGGGAAAACUCCUGAGCGGUCCCAUUCAUUCCGGUGGUAGAAGAGCUAAAGAUGUGCUAUUUGAGAUCCUGGAGACACAAGAGCCCUUCCUCAUGGAGGAACUGAAGGCACUCCGGAAGUGAAGAGCCUCUGGAUCAGGAGAAGAUGGGGGAAGGCAGAAUUCACAGGACAAUUGUGUUGUGCGUUUUAAAGAAGAAAUCAAGCAAAGCAAUUCCUGUUUACUAAAUUUACAUUUAUUUCAAUAGAUUAUUAGAUGCGCAUGAUUUUGAGAGCAAAAACAAUGAUUUUGUUUUGGCUACUUAUGUUAGCUUACACAAUCUGAAAUCAAAAAAUACAUAAUGCAUGCA